AUGUCGACCCCAAACGAUCUUCAAUCUCUUCUGGCGAACAUCAGACCUCGUCCUUCUCCUGCGGGCAAUGCGUCUGGUCAAGAUUCUCGCCUGCCGCAAUACCCUCCACAGUACCAGCAGGGCCUGCGCCAGCCACAGCAACCUCUCCCCUACGAUGGCCAGGGCUUCCCCCAUCCUCAAUUCCAGCAGCAUGGAUAUCGCCAUCCUUCUGUGGCUUCGAUCUACAGCCCUUCGCCUGUUAACACCCCCCCUCAUAAUGGCUCUGACAUCAUCAGUCCCACUGUCCUGACUCCUCGUGUCGAAGGACAGUUGCAGCUCCAACAGCCACAGCCUAACCCCGAUCGCGCUGCAAGCUUGCUGAACUUGUUAAAAUUCAACCAAGCUGCUCAGGCUCCGCAGCAAAUCUCGGUUGCACCACCAACCCAGCCCAAGCCUUCUUCGGGCCAGGAAACUGGACCGGCUUCCAACCCUCAUGGGGGAGGUCUUUCGGCAUCGGAUCUGGUUGCUUCACUGUUUGGGGUACAAGGACCUGCGCCUUCUGCACCUGCUCCCGCCGUGCAGCCUGCCACAUCCCAAGCUCACCAGCCGACGCGCACUGGCUUGGGAGACGGUUCUUCAACACACCCUGCUCGGGCUGCAGACAAUACGCAGGAGAUGUUACUUCAGUUACUCAACCGCUCAAAGCCUGCCCAGGAACAGUCUGGAAGGAAUGCCGUGUCACAGGGAUUGGCUUCGCCGCAACGUUCUCAUUUCGAAACUCAGGAUUCGUCACUGCAGCACACGGAGCCUAGCUCUAAUGUACCUGGGCCUGAGAAGCCCACCGCGUCGUCACAGCAGCAAAUUACAAAGGAAUCGAUCUUCACGUAUGUCAACCCUUUUGAACAGUUGGCUGCUGUUUCUCCGCGAAAAAGAACCCCGCAGCCAAAGUCGCGGAGCGCAAGCCCGGCCGUUGAACUUGCGAAGAGCAAGAAGCCCAGCAUUAGCACAAAUGUCGAGCCAGAGGCGGUGACGAAGCCUUCUGCAGAACUGGAAGUCAAGAUUUCCUCCGAAUCCCACGUGGGAAGCGUGGAGGCCCCUAAAGAGCUUCCCGCUGUUGACCAAACUGAUCGCGAUGACAACAAAACCGUCGACAAAGUGGCCAAGGAGGAGUCUUCUUCAUUGGCUCCAUCCCAGAAAUUUGACUCCAAAACCGUGUUCUCCUCUCUUAGCAGCCAGACGCAAAGUGCCGCAUCUGAAAUGAAGGAGCCGAGCGGGGAGAGUGCCAAAGCCCACACGAAUGGUGCCUCGGCGACUGCCAGCAUGAAGGGUGACUCUGCCAAGGAGCCUACUAAUGGCGCCGCUGAUGGUCUCGCAGACAGCUGGGAGAGCGCAGAGGACAGCGCCGCAAAGGAAGAAGAACGGGUGGUCCCUGUGUAUAAUUUCCCAAUCCGUCCGUUCAUCACCAUAACGGUGAAAGCUAAUACCGGGAAAAUCGUGUCUCUUCGUGAUGAUGGCAUCAUGGACAUUGCCCGACUUAAAAAGGAUUUCGACCAACUGGACCGUUCACUAACUUCGGCUACGUCUGAGUAUAUCGUUUACGCACUCGUCAAAAGUGGAGGUAUGAGGAUCAUCCGCCAGGAUGACGGUAGUGACAAGCAGAUUUUCCGCUCCAGUCGUGAUCGCAUAUUCAACGUGGCCUUAUGCACCUCUUCACCAGCGGCUGGUGCAAUCAGAGACCAGGCAAUUCUAGGCAUUGGUGUCAGCGGAACCGUGUAUUGGGCCAUGAUCUCGCGUUCCGACAAGGACUUCUUUGAACUGGAUGCCUUGGAGAGCGAGAGUCUAGUUUUCCCCCCAUUCCCGGCAUCGGAUGAGAAUACCUCUGGUGGCCAGCUGAAAACGCGUGCCAAACGGAGUGCUCGUCAUCCGGAAUUCUUUGCCAUUGGGCGUGGGAAGAACAUCUAUGUGGUAUCUCCUCAAGCAGCUAUGAACUCCAUCUACAAUGUUUCAGGUGUUCAGCGCAUAGUCAAUACUGAAAAAUUCUUCAAAGAACGCGCUUUGAAAAUUUCAACAGGGAAGGCUGGGAAGGAUUUCGUUUUCAGUGAAGAUGAUACAGUUAUAGCUUCUCUUGAUAAAACGGGCCGAUUACGGUUCUGGGAUAUCCGUGAAGCCAUAACCAACCCAGAAUUCUUCGCUAGUGGUGGCGCCCAAUUCGAGGUCCGCAUACCAUUAAAUACCUUUGUCACAGGCUCUCCAACCGAGAAAUCUUGGCCGACAUCUGUUCUGUUCAUUGACAAGCUGCGGCCCCAUGUGAAAGCUACUGCGCUCCGCUAUGUUCUUGUUGGACUGAAGCAGAAUCACACCUUGCAGCUCUGGGAUAUUGGGCUAGGCAGGGCUGUGCAGGAGAUCAGGUUCCCUCAUGAGAACGAGUCGGAUGCCAUUUGCAGUGUUGCCUAUCAUCCGGGCUCAGGAAUCAUUGUUGUUGGACACCCGACAAGGAAUUCUAUCUACUUUUUGCAUUUGUCUGCACCUAGAUAUAAUCUGCAACCCAUGUCGCAGGCGUCUUUUGUCAAGCGUUCUAGUGAAAGGGAUAGUGAUUUGCCUAGGCCCGAGUCUACGGCAUGCCUGAGCGGCGUCCGAGAGAUUUCGUUCGCCUCCAAGGGACAGCUGAGGAGCUUGGACCUUCUUCCUAUCACAAAGACCCCAAGUGAUAAGCGGGGUGUGGAUGAGGACAAUGGUCUGUUCGAACUUUACGUGAUGCACUCCAGAGGAGUGACGUGCUUGAAUAUCAAGAAGGAAGAUCUAGGGUGGAGUGCAGAUAACAAGAUUAUUCGCCCGGUUAACGCCUUGGAGGACGGUUUCAUUGAGAUUGUCGAGCUUCAGACUUUCCCAAGCCCGGCUUCUGAAGAACCAUCUGUCAAUGGCGACACGGCAUCUACUCCUAGCAAGGGAGCAGCCAGGGAGACCCCUAAGAAGAUUUCUGAACUCAGCGUGGAGUCGGUCACCGUGCCAAGUGCAUCGCGCAAUGUGUCUCCCGCCAAACCUCAACUGAUGAAGAAGGCUGGGGAGGAGCAAGCUGAGGCGACGCCAAUCCCCACUUCGGACAAACCAGAAAAGAAGAAAAAGAAGAAGGUGGCAGUUACCGGUGAAGCCGCAUCGAGAGUGAAGGAGACCGGCACCGCCACACCAAGUGAAUUGGCACCUGACUUCCGACCUACAUCUUGCACACAACCCAUCAAGGAUUCUACCAAAGAACAACCUACCAUCAGUGGCAUCAAGCCUACAACGAUGGAAUCUUCUAGGUCUUACUUGGAGCCACCCACUGCCAGUGGCUCGAGUAGCCAGUGGAACAAGCACUUCGAGGACCUUCAGAGUAGCGUCUUUGGUGAGUUUAACAAGAGCCUUGGUCGCGAGUUUGAGGAACUAUUUCGACGCUUCGACGAAGAACGCCGUGCUUGGGAUGCAGGCGCGAUAGCCAAUCAAAUUUUGCGGCUCGUCUCCAGCACCCUUUCCGACAAUGUCGAGAAGAACCUCGCCCGUAUUGUUGAGAACUGUAUUCAAUCUCAGGUAGUGCCUGCGAUCAGCAGCCUUACUGCAGGUGCCGUGGGUAGACAGUUGAACGAUGCCAUCUCUCAGCAUCUUUCUGGAGUGAUUCCCCGCGAAUUACGCCGAGUUCUUCCUGACGCGGUCGCUCGUGCCGUGCAACUGCCAGAAGCUACGAAAACCGUGUCAGAUAUGGUCGCUCAGAAACUUGCAUCUCAGAUAGAGUGCGAACUGUCCAGCUCCUUACACAGUACGAUCGGCCCAGCUCUCAAUGCCGCUGCUCAGGGUUCCGUGGAGAAGGUUGGAAGCAAUCUGGAAAAACAGCUGCAGGCGCAGUUAAAGCAUUACGAAGCUCAGCGCCACAAUGACUCAGCCAAGAUCGAUAAACUGACUACACUCGUCAGCAGCCUGUCUGACACUGUCUCUUCGAUGGCAGCAGCCCAGGCCAGCUUUCAGAACGAAAUUUUGAGGCUCAACCGUAUUCUGGCUUCUCAACAGGCAGAAGAUGACAAACUCGCUUUGCAGCAGUCGACGGCACCUGCUUCUGCUCAUCCUCGUGAGGUUCCUAGACAGAGGACUCCUGAAGAGAUUGAGCUGGCCGAGAUUGGUCAGUUGAUGAAUGAAGGCCGGUACGAGGAGGGAUCAGUGAGGUGGCUCCAGUCUACUCAGCAAGCCGACCUGUUCGAUAACCUCUUUGUGCGUCUCAAUCCUGCAUACUUGACGGGUCUUUCUCCUAUUGUCGCGCUGUCAGUCGGUGUAGCUGUCACAUCCUCUCUCCAGACCAACAUUGCGGAACGUCUCGCGUGGCUGGAAGUUGUCCUCCAGACCAUUGAUCUCAGAGACCCGGAUAUUCGUGAAGUCGCGCCUAAGAUUAUGGACAUCCUCACUCAACGCCUGGAGAGUCUGUACAUGACCAUUGCUGAAAAUACCCCACAUGAUCCUAUCCUGCGCAAGAUCCCGCCACUUUCUCGCCGUGCACGAGAGCUACGUGGCCCUCAGUAG